AUAAAAAUAAAACCACAUAUAAAUGUAGGUACUAUAGGUCAUAUAGAUCAUGGUAAAACAACAUUAACUUCAGCAAUAACAAAAGUUUUAAGUUUAAAGGGAUUAUCUAAGGUAAAAACUUAUAGUGAAAUAGAUUCAGCACCAGAAGAAAAAUUAAGAGGUAUAACAAUAAAUACAGCCCAUAUAGAGUAUGAAAGUGAACUUAAACAUUAUGCUCAUAUAGAUUGUCCUGGACAUGCUGAUUAUAUUAAAAAUAUGAUAGUAGGUGUAACUCAAAUGGAUUGUGCUAUUUUAGUUAUAUCUUUAUUAGAUGGUCCUAUGCCACAAACUAUCGAACAUUUAUUAUUAAUUAAACAAAUUGGUGUAAAAAAUUUAAUAGUAUUUUUAAAUAAAGAAGAUAAAGUUAAUGAUGAAGAAAUAAUUAAUUUUGUUAAAGAAGAAGUAUUAUUUUUAAUAAAUAAGUAUGGGUAUAAUGAAAAUAAUAUUAAUAUAUUAAAAGGAUCAGCACUUAAAGCUUUAGAAUGCGCUAAUUCAAAAGAAGAUUUAAAUAAUAUAUGGGUAAAAAAAAUAUUAGAUUUAGUAGAAGUUAUGGAUAAAAAUAUAAAAGUAGUAAAUGAUAAUGUAAAUGAACCUUUUCUUAUGGCUAUAGAAGAUAGUUUUUUAAUAACAGGUAGAGGUACUGUAGUUACAGGUAAAAUAGAAAGAGGUAAAAUUAAAUCAGGAGAUAAAGUUGAACUUAUUGGUAAUGAUAAUAUAAUACAAACUACAGUUAUUGAUAUUGAAAUGUUUAAUAAAGUUUUAGAUUUAGGUGAGGUUGGUGAUAAUAUAGGUAUAUUAUUAAGAAAUAUAAAAAAAAAUAAUGUAAAAAGAGGAUAUAUAUUAGCUAAACCUAAUACAGUAAAAUCUUUUAAAUUAUUUGAAUCUAAUGUAUAUAUAUUAUCUAAAUCAGAAGGAGGUAGACAUAAACCUUUUUUAUCAGGUUAUAAACCACAGUUUUUUAUAAGAACAAGUGAUAUAACAGGAGAAGUUAAAGGUAUUUUUUCUAAUAAUAAUGAAUUAAAAAUGGCUAUGCCAGGUGAUUCAGUUAAUAUUAUUAUUGAAUUACAAAAAAGUACAGUAUUAAAUAUAGGAUUAAAAUUUGCUAUAAGAGAAGGAGGUAAAACUAUAGGAGCAGGUAUUAUUACAAAAAUUAUAUCUUAA